CAUAAACAUAAACUCACUGAAACACAUGUAAAUAGACACAAAUGCACUCAAAUCCACGCAAACGCACAGUUACGAAUAAACUCACAAAAACACGCACACUAACGUAUUCAUCCACUUUUCAUUGCGAUCGCACUUAUUUGCACAUGGGUUCGCACACAAAGCAAGUUUCUGCCAAUUCCGUAUUGGAUAGCUUGAGCGCGGUAUGUUUUUCCAAAGUUUUAAUAAUUUAGCCACAAGCUGAGGGUUUCAGAUGUAAAACCGAGGAGAUAAAAAAUUUGCUCUGCUUACAAUUCCCUUAAAUUUACCAUGCCUCAUGAGAUAAAUAAAAAAUCAUCUGAGUUUCUCACAGUCAAUAAGGGUAAAUCGGGAGGUUUGAAGCUGGGGAUUGUUUGCCUAAAGCCUCUAUGAGGGCCCACACCAAACUUGUGAAUAGAUCGAAUCAAUCAUGGCGGCAAACAAAUAAAAAAGUCAGGCUAAAUUAAUUGCAAGACCUCUAUCAGAUUUGUUUCCCAAACGAUCUCGAUCAGUUCUGGUUCCUGGACAUACAUAAAAAGGAUCAAUUAUUUAGUAAUGUGUCUCCGCAGCCAUGAAUGAAAUAAGGCGAGUCUUAGAAGUACGAUUGGCGCUAACAUUUCGGUCUGGAAUCUUUUCUUCCCUUUGUACAAUCUGUCUACGUUCUAAAUAUUCAGAUCGUCUACAAUCGCGUCCAUCUGUACUAGGUCUGCGUGCCAUGGACAAUAGUCAUUCUCUCUGUGUGUUUGAAACCUGUGUCGAACAAGAGGACACUUAUGUCGUUUUUAUUUGUUCUUCCCGCUUGCCACUCGUACAGCCAACGUGCAGCCUAUCCGUCUCUUUUGACGGGUUCCCUUCGCUUUCACGAGCGCCUCACUUCAAUUCCUGGACGGAUCUCGCAACUGCAGACAGUGGUCGCGGUGCUGUGAGUCAAAUCAGACCUGAUAAAAAAAAUCUGUGUGACACUUUCCCAAGGAUCCUUUAUUGCUGGAAAUGUUCUUUUGUAUCGUCUUUCAAUCGUUUUCAGGUUAGAUGCUUAUUUACGGCUUGUUUACGUAUCUAUAAGUAUUACAUUUUUAGUGUUUCACUUUGCUUGAUUUGGUUGAAUUACUGCUAAUUGACAUAUUGUUAAUAUUUGCUGCCAGUCACUCUCCUUCACUCUUUCUAGAUAACCGAACGACUAAGCAUGUUUAACUUUAAACUUUUCGGUUUUCAUGCUGUAUUGGAACUGUCUUUAGCCUAUGGUCAAAGUCAUACUUGCUGGAAUAAAAUAGUUUCUCUUUCGACAACUUUUAAAAUAAAAACAUUGCAAAACAGAACUAGUUGUUCGUAACCUUCAGAGCUUCAGAGCUGUUAUGCAUGCGAGGCCGAAUCUUUUCUUACGUUAGGAACCAAACUUGAGUAUAGCUCGUUAUUGAAGUGUAUAAAAGACACCACUAUUCAAUAAUUUUAAUAAAGACUCCGAACUCUAUUCGGACGAUCGCUCGCAAAAAUGAACUCUGAAAAAUGAAAGUGCCAUUGAAAGUCGUAGUUGCUUUUCACUGCCGUGUCCUUACGACCAACUGAUUCGCUGUCGCCUGCGGGAUUGACGCUAUCUUUGUGCCGGGGCAGAAGUGUUUAGAAAGGCGUCCUGUCUCGCUCUCUGCCUAAUCGAUAUCACUAGAAACAUCAUGUAAUUCCGGGAUUAUAUCACUCAAGGAUAUCAACUCAUGGCAAAAGAGUUUACCCAAAAUUCAGACCACUCGACGAAACAGUCUAAAGAGUCUUUCUGAUAACUCCCAGGAUAGCUCAAAAGGUUCAGAAAAAGGUGCCAACUGUCUUUCCGGUCCUGACUCGAGAUCAGUAAAAGGGCGAGAAAGCCCAGUUGACCAUGUCGCUUCGGCUCAAAGACCUCCGACGCGUUGCUGUGGAAACACCAAUCCACCUUCAGAAGCGCGACGCCGUUCUUCGACAGCCCCAUUACGAAGAGAAGCAUCGAGACCGAGGACCUCUUCUAUCCUGAAAACCAGACAUCUUGUGAGUUCCUUAGAAGGGCGGCCGAAAACUUCGGGUGCGUCAGUGAAAAUACUCGAAAACAGCAGUUCUUCUUCGAGUCAGCCAGCCAAUCGCUGCCAGUCUCGUAAAUCUCUCGUCCUAUCAGACUGGGACACUUCUGCUAACCAAGACGCUACUUGUGACAUGGACUGCGUGUGUUUGGAAGACGAUUCUCACAGCCACGACGAGUUCGAAGCUGAAGAGGAAUUAGGCAGGAUAUCCAACCGCCAUAGGUCAAAACUUGACCUUCGACCCAGUACAGCGUGGUCCCGUCUCAAUGGCUCGACUCCGGAAUUGAGACAAAACAGUGCGCUAGAGUCCACGCAGAGGAAUCCCUUCACAGGCAUGACAGGUCACCUUGGCGAACCAUGGAGACAGGUUCGCUACUUUGACGAUGACGAAAUUGAAGAGCGAGGUUUGUUUUACCGCCUGCUGUUGAAGGACCGUCUGGAGCGGGAGCAGACGAAGUUCCAGGACAUUUGUGCCAAGGUCAACGCUUUCUGUGAGACGCCCGAGAGCCCACGUGAGACACCACGUGACACCGGCAGCAGACGAGCGUCCAAGUCUCAGAGCACAACAUUGAAGCAGCAGACACAGCAGAGGUCUUUGGUUUUAUGAAGAAGGAAAAAAUAAAAGUAUUUCAUGGUAUGCUGUCAGACAAAAGUAUCAAACCAGUAUUUCAAGAUUAAAAACACAUACGCACCAAAAUAUGGAUAAUUAUAUCCAUAAACUUUGACCGUCUAUCAAAAGAGAAUGACCAAUUUGGGGAAAUAAAGAUGUUUAAUAUGAAUACCUCAUUUCGGGAAAUGAAGUAGGACUUAUUGCUAAUUGACGUUUUGAAUAAAGUUUCAUUUUUAAAAGAUCAUUCCAACAAUUUUUCGACUGCGCAAUAUCAUGGUCCUUGCUUACGGUCGGUAGACUCUGCCACUUUAAUCCGAAUACGUCAUUACUGAUGUUAGUUCAAAACUUUCUCGAGGCUGGGAAAUUCAGACACUUUUCUGAACUCGGUCUACUUUGCUUUUAUGAGUAAUAAUUUGUCAGGGAACACACUCAGUGACAGGAAAAAGUAAGGUUACUCAAUGUCUAGCCGCACCUUAAUUAAGAGCUUAAGUUAGUGUGAAAAUUAAAAUAAUCUCUGCUAUACAUUUAUCAUGCCAGGGAUCGUGAAUGGGCGUUACUCGCUUUUGAGAGGACAGAUUCGUGUCAAGCACGAACAAACCUUGAAACUUGAGGCGACCGAGUCGGGCGGUCGGCCCGAUCAGCCGAUCAUAUCCGUAGUGGAUACCCCGUAUUAGAUAACUCUGCCCAGCACUUCACACUUUCAAACUAUUAAAAACAAUGUUUUUUACAGCCUCUAGAACUCCCUCAGCCGGUCAAACUUGGUGGUUAAAAAUCAAGAGAAAGUAAUUACCACAUUCUUAAUCAGCAAAAAUGAGGCCAAUUAGUGAAAAACAGACCAGAUGCUUACAUAUUAUUGCUUAGAUUGUUUCUAUCAAUAGGUACCUAGAGAUAUGUCGCAGAAAGUAGUCAACUGUGAUUAAGCAUGGAGUAUGCAAAAGAACAAAACCCAUUAAAAUGAUUAUUAUGUUUAUUUUAAAUUUUAUGUUAAAUCCGUUGAGACUAUAGCUCUUGCAACUACAAACUUUGCAUUAUGAUGCCCUCUAAGGACACAUCAGUGGUAGUACCACACCCAGUGAGGUUUUGACUGAGGCGUCGGUACUGCUAACUGUUUUUAGUUUUAGUAAGAGUUUUACGGCACCCGCAACACAAUAAUGUCAUAUAAGUGCCGAAGAAUAGAGG